CUUCCUAGCUCACACAUAGUAGAAGGAUGCGAGCCUUACCCCAAGGACGAAGCCUCCUCCAAGACCUCAAGGUCACCAUCCUAAGCUCCACCACUCUCUAUCCAUCAGAAAAAACUGAGAGGAGGUCCAUGUUCCUCUCAAACAUAGACCAGGUACUCAAUUUCGACGUCGAAACCGUUCACUUCUUCGCCGCAAACCUCGAGUUCCCCUCGACGGCGGUUGUCGAGAGGCUUUCGCCGGCGCUGGAGAAAGUACUCGUACCAUAUGAUUUCCUGGCAGGGAGGCUGAAGGUGGAACCUGGAGAUGAUGGUCGGCUGAUCAUAGACUGCAAUGCUGCUGGUGUGGAGCUGGUGGUGGCCUCCAGUGAGCUCAAGUUGGAGGAGGUUGGAGAUUUGGAGUGCCCAAACUCGGCAUUCCGGCAGCUGGUAGCAAAGAAUAUUCCAGAUAACGGGUUGGCUCUUGAGGACCGGCUUCUUUGUUCUUUUCAGGUAACCUCGUUCAAAUGCGGUGGCUUCGCGCUGGGCAUCUGCAACAACCACAUCACCUUCGACGGCCUCAGCUUCCAGACCUUCCUCCAAAACCUCGCCGCCGUCGCAUCCAACCGGCCCUUAGCCACCACCCCCUGCAACGACCGCCGCCUCCUCGCCGCUCGCUCUCCGCCACAAGUCUCAUUCCCCCACCCUGAGCUCAUCACCCUCCAAUCCAUCCCCCACCCCAACCAACACCCACCCUCCACCCUCCUCGACUCCCUCUCCAGCUACCUCCACUCCCACCUCUUCCACCUCAGCCCCGACGACAUCUCCGCUCUCAAAGACAAAGCGAAAACCUCCCCUCCCCCCGCCGCGUCCAGCUUCAACGUCGCCGCCGCCCACCUCUGGCGGUGCAAGGCCCUCGCAUCAAGCACGCGCAGUUCAAACAAGUUGUCGACCGUCCUCUACGCGGUCGACCUCCGGUCGAGGCUGAAGCCGCCACUCCCACGCUCGUACGCCGGCAAUGCGGUGCUGAGCGCGUACGCGACUGCGGCAUGCAGUGAGCUCGAGGCGGGGCCAUUCGCUCGGAUCGUCGAGUUGGUCUACAAAGGGGCGGAGAGGAUGACCGACGAGUAUGCUCGCUCGGUCAUCGACUGGGGCCAGCUAAACCAGGGUUUCCCCAGGGGGGACGUCGUCGUGUCGUCGUGGCUGAGGCUAGGGUUCGGCGAGGUGGAGUACCCUUGGGGGAGGCCUAAGCAUAGUUUCCCCGUGGGUAAUCCCCAGUGGGACAUCAUCCUGCUGUUUCCUGCUAGUGGAAAGGAGGGCAAGGGGAUGAAUGCACUGGUUCCGCUUCCUACUGAAGAUGUGGAGAAGUUCAGAAGCCUCUUCUAUAAGUUUUUAGCUAGAGAUGUGGUUAAUUAGAAGCUAAAUAAGUUUUCUAAGUGCUAUAGGUUGAGCUGUUAGAUUAUAAGCAAGAGUGCAGCUGGUGUGUUUUUAUUUUCUCUUGGGUAUCAGCUGGUGAGUACGUUCUUGGUUUGAUGCUUGUGUGCAUGUGGAUUUGUCUAAUACGUAGUUCUCUAUAGUUUUUGUUACAUUAAUGGAUUAGUGGACUAAAAUAUAUCUUACGUACUUGCAGGUUUUAGUUAUAUUUUUCAUUUGAUGAUGUAAAAUACCAUUCAAGCUUGAUUUGGGCUACAACGGUGGCACAUCUGACUCCAGACCAAGCUCAUCCGGUUUAAAGGCAUAUUUAGUUGUAUGUAACUAGGCAUCUGACAAAUUCAGGUGAUCAGUCCAACGAAAUCUGAUUCGACUGAGCUGAAUUUGUAGACUGGAUUGCAGAACAUUGAAAGCACAAAAGAUCGAUAUUCUCAUUGAUAAUUCAGAAUUCUAAUCAUUUUAAAA